UAAAGCCCAGGCGAGGGCGGUAGGCUUGGGAUACUAGGAGAUGUAGAAAUCUGUAUAGUAUUCUCGGGUGGGAUGACAGGACGGCAAAACCAAGCCACAGCUAGCCGAGGACAAAAUGUACUAGUUCGUUAACCAGGUGGUUUAGUAAGUAAUCGGCUAACUAUGUAAAACUAGAUAAUAAUGUAGCGGCGGUUCGUUGAAGGUGGGGUCAAUGUAGAAAUAGUUUGGGAUUGUUGUCACAAGCAGUUAAGGCUAACUUUUAGUACGUUAGCAACGCAGAGUUAGCUGGCUAAUGUUAAAACUGGGGGAAAACCCAUUCAAGUUAACUCAAGCAUAACCAGUUUAAUGUGACCCAGCGGUUGGAACGCACCCUUAGAAAAGAUUUACGGACAAAACAGCGGUUGGAAAGUUUAACUCGCGCCCAGAAAUCAUGGCGUCGGUGCAGUUUGACUCGACAGCGUAUGCACAGGAGCAGAUUUGACUCUGGGUUGUCCACAACCUCGCUGACGUUAGCUGUCCCAGCUAGAAGGCUAGUUUUUUUUUUCUUCUUCUUAUGCUACCAUGGACAAAAUGGAAAACGGCCGUCGAUCUGUGGACACGGGGAGCAUCAGGACUCUUAGCAGCAGUCACAUUGACGACGAAAGCUCCUUGGGAUCCGACUCGGAGAUCAACGGCUUCGCCAGCGAAAGGCAGACGGAUAAAUAUGGAUUUAUUGGUGGGGCGCAGAAGUACUCAGAGGACACAGCUCAGGAUAUACCUCCAGCGGUGCUCAGGCAAAGAGAGGUGAAGUGGCUGGACAUGCUGAGCCACUGGGACAAGUGGAUGAUCAAGCGAUUCAAUAAGGUGAGGCUGCGGUGCCAGAAAGGAAUUCCUCCUGCCCUCAGAGGCCGUGCAUGGCUCUACCUGUCUGGUGGGAAGGUGAAGAGAGAGCAGAACCAAGGAAAGUUUCAGGAGCUGGAUAGCCAGCCGGGAGACCCCAAAUGGCUUGAUGUAAUUGAGAAAGACCUCCAUCGACAGUUUCCUUUUCACGAGAUGUUUGUGUCACGGGGAGGACACGGGCAGAAGGACCUGUUCCGUGUUCUUAAGGCUUAUACUCUCUACAGACCAGAGGAGGGAUACUGCCAGGCCCAGGCUCCUAUUGCUGCAGUGCUGCUUAUGCACAUGCCUGCUGAGGAUGCUUUCUGGGGGCUGGUCCAGAUCUGUGAGAAGUAUCUUCCUGGUUACUACAGUCCCGGCCUGGAAGCUAUACAGUUAGAUGGAGAGAUACUCUUCGCCCUGCUGCGACGCGUCUCCCCUCCAGCCUUCCGGCAUCUGGAGAAACAUAAGAUCGACCCCAUCCUCUACAUGACUGAAUGGUUUAUGUGUGCCUUCUCCAGAACCCUACCCUGGGCAUCGGUGCUGCGCGUCUGGGACAUGUUCCUCUGCGAUGGAGUGAAGAUAAUUUUCCGAGUGGGCUUGGUGCUACUCAAGUGCAUGUUGGGAACUCGUGAGAAGCUUAAGGCCUGCCAAGGCCAGUAUGAGACCAUGGAGCUUCUCAGGGCGAUAGAGCCUCGAUACAUGCAGGAGGGUUUCCUCGUUCGAGAGAUUCUCGAGGUGCCGGUGACGGCGCGAGACGUGGAACGAGAGCAUCACAUCCAGCUCAAGCGCUGGAAGAAGAACCGCGGGGAGCUCAAUUUCAAACCGCCUCCGAGAAUGCACGGAGCUCGGAUCAUCAUGCUGGCUGAGCCACCCAGGCGCCAGGACCUGCAGCAGAACCCCACCAUUGUACUUGAAGUGCCUCAGACUACCCCACAGCUGCAGAAGGGCAAGGAGGAGAAGAAGAGUAAGAAAAAGAAGAGCAUGAAAAAAUCCCAGCCCACAGAGGAGAUUCCCAAUCCUUACCCUCUUCUCAGCGACCCUCAAUCGUCAUCCACAGAACCGCCUGCCCCGCCUCCAGGCAACAGUGUGACGCCAGAGGCCGCGGCGCAGACUGAAACGGACUCAGCUGGAGAGCAGAAAACACCUCCUACAGACCUCCCCUCUGCCAAAGAAUCUACUCUUCAGCGAUCUACACAAAGCCUCAGCAGCACAGAGCAGGACACAUACUUGUAGCUCUGAAAGUGUGUGUGGGUGAGUGGGUGUGGACAAAGCACCAGCACUCUUCCGUCAACAGCCAGCCAGCCUUGCCGAAGUCUCUGAGUGGCCAGCAUAACCCUUUUUUUUUUCUAAUAUCGGACUACUUUGUAUGCAUUUGCUCAUUUCCACACAAGUUUGCCUUUGAUAUUAACAGCAUACACUAAAGCACCUUUACCAUGUAUAAAACUACUUAAAUGCUUUUGCCAUUUGUCACUACAGAGCUGACGGAUGCUUCCUCUUAAUGCUUGAUUCUCUUAUUUAGACCAUAAGUCUUAGUAUUGUUUUUUUUUUAGAAGGGAGACAAGUUACUGCUUUACUGAGGGCAGUGUAUUUCAAGUGUUCGGUAAUCUUAAUAAGGUGCCGGAAUUCUUGCAGUUUAUGCGUUUUCACUCAAGUUUUCUUGUAAUAAUAUGCAGCACAGGAUGUAAACUCCUGAUGCACGCGCCACACAUUUCAGCCUCUCAAGUCUUUGUAUUUCAUUUUUGGGGGGGGUUUCCACUAGAGGGCAGCCUUGCAGCUAUAAAUGCUCUUAGGAGAGGCAACCACAGCGAGGAUGGGAUUCAGUAAAAUUGGGAGGAGGUACAAGUGUACUUCUCUGAAGUUGAGAUUACAUUGUCUCUCACAGUGAAAAAUUGCAUUAAAUUUAGUGACUGAAGUGGCGAAAGUAAGGAAGUCUUUUCCAACAAGCGCGAGUUAUUUAAAUACAAUUUAAAACAUGGAGUAAUAGGCGUGUGUGUGUCCGUGUGUGUCCGUGUCCUGCUAUGCAAAACAAACAAAAACAUCUCUUUGUUUUUCCUGAAUCAGUUGAACUGCUGUUUAGCUGUGUAUAAGCUCCUCUUCUCACUGUGUGAGGCACUUCCAGCCACUUCGGCUCACCAGUCAUUCCCAGGCAGCAGAGUGGAGAACACUGGACUUUCCUCACUGUAUGACACAUUCCUGCCUUCUUAAAAGCUAAUCAUUUUAAAGACCACCUCUUACCCAAUGCAAAUCUGCCUGAUUGUGUUUGUGCACACGAAGCAAAUCACCUAAUGGCGCUGACCUUCCUUUUGGCUCUGCUUAAGGCCUAUUUGGAUAUGUGAAACCAUGAAGGUGUUGGAUUCAUUUUUGUAUUUUGGGUGUUUGUUUGUUUUUUGCUAGAGCUUCCAAAGCAAAUUAAGACUGUUACUCUGAGACGAUCUACGACCCCUGCAUGUGACCAGGCUCAUUUUCUGUGCAGUCACGAGGGAUCACGGGAUUUAAGGAUUUACUGGGAUUUCUGUAGCUGUUUGUAUUUUUGGGGGGAAAUGCGGUAGCAUGCAUGGAUUGUGAGGCUCUUUGUCUUUUCUUUUUUUUUUCCCCUGCAAAACACCACAGUCUUAUUUUGGUGGCAUUCCUAGUCUUCCUCAACUAUCAAUACAAUGGUAAAGGGAGUCUUGACAAACACAAGUGCACGUGUCUUAAAUGUGUUUGUGCAUAACUAAUAUUAAAAGAGUCUUUGCUAAUAAAGCGCGUGCUCAGCUCAGUUAUAAAACGCAGCGGGGAUAUAAAAAGAUGACAUUUAUCAAGCGAUCACUCUCCCCUUAUGCAAUAGUUUAGUUGCUUGUGCCGCAAAUCCUCACAUUUCACUCAUAUUUUAAUUUAAUGCUCUUUGUGUACAUACGAUAUAAAAAAAAUAUGUAAUGAACUGUAUUUUCAAGUGUAUACUGCUAUAUUUUUUGUCAUGCAGUUACAGAUACUACAGAGGUAGCUAUGUAUGUCAUUUGCAGUCAAAGACGGUGUAUAUAUAUAUUUUUUUCUUUUUUUUUUUUGAUCAGCAUUUGUAACACUAGGGGGGAAAAAAAAAUUUCAGGGGAACCUUUGCCACUAAAAUGCUUUUUCUCACUCUAAAAGUGUUACUGUUGCUACUAGGUUUUAAAAAGGAGAUCCUCUCCAGAACUCCCGUGGCAUAAGUUUUAGUCUUGCAGAUAAGUGGCUGUGUUGCAUAUAUGAUUGCUGUCAAUCUAGAUUGUUAUUAAACGCUGGGAUCUUUAGACCUGUUUGUAUGUAAUGUCCCAUGUUCACCAGCAGAUGGCGGACCAGAGUCAUCUCUUGGAAAUGAGAAGUUUGCCUGUAUGUGAGUGACAAGCUGAAUGCCCUGUGCGAUCCAAGAUGUCUCCAUUAAUUCCACUUUUUUUCUUUUGUUUUUUCUUAAUGCUGCACCAGCACAAGGUCAAUUGUUACAUUAAAUACUGUUUUGCGUUACAUUUCUUUCAAAAAUGCCACGUUUGAGAGUGGUGUGACAGCUCUACUUAUGAAUAAAUUUGUUCUACAACCAGG